CAAGUUCCAAGUUCAGAUCUUUGAAAGAUAAAAUUUACGCUUUGAAGUUUCAGGACAAAAGCAGAUUCCGCUUUUCUAUGGAGGUUAGUGGUACCUUAAACUAUUUCUUACAACUGGGUAUUUUUGGGUUCUUCUCUUGAACUCCUUGAAUUCAGUGAAUAUAUACUUUUAGGUCCAGUAAUGGCAAAAUUGUUGAGGGAUUCGAUUUCAGUUCCUGACCUGAGCGGUUUUGGCUAUAGAAACCACCCACAUGGAUUGAGAAAUCAUGAAAAUAGAAUUCAUGUUAGGUGUUGGUGUCGUUGCUUGAGUAAUAGCUUAGCAAUUAAGCCAAAUAGAAGGGGUUUUGUAUUCUGUAACCGAAGAUUAGGUUCGAUGCUUGUGAAGCCGGGUGGUAGAACUGAUAAUUUGUUUGGUUUUCCUUUUAGAGUUGCUACUUCUGAAUCUGGGUUGGCUUGUGAAGAAGGGGAGGAUAACAAAUGUAGUCAAAGACGGAACCAGGAAUAUGAUUUGAACAAUUUGGGGCAGAAUUUGCUUCCUUGGGGAGAUAUGGUACUUCAGCAGGAUAUGGAGUGUGAACCUCAAAGUGUUAGUCGGACUCCAGAAGCAUCUCUUUAUAUGGUCACUAAGCAUAAAAUGAAAGUACAUUUUUUAGAGGAAAGAGAUGAGGGAGAGUUAUCGACAAGGCUUUUGAUGCUUAGCCGAACCAACAAGGUGAGGAGUGCAUUGGAGCUGUAUGAGUCCAUGAAAUGUGCAGCUUUACAACCUAACCCACAUUCAAGCAAUUCUCUUAUUUCUUGCCUAAUACGGAACAAGAUGAUUGAUGAUGCUUUAGCAGUCUUUGAGUUCAUGAGGAGAAAGGGAAUUGUUACGGGCCACACUUAUAGCUUAAUACUUAAAGCAAUCGCUCAUUCUCGUGAUUGUGAUUCAGCCCUGGACAUGUUUGCAGAAUUGGAAGGGUCACAGGGGAAGGAUCUUGAUGUAAUUGUUUAUAACACAAUGAUAUCUGUCUGUGGCAGAUUUGACAGGUGGCUUGAAGGUAAGAAAAUAUGGAAAAAUAUGAAGGAAAAUGGCUAUAUUGGAACUCGGGUAACUUAUAGCCUGUUAAUUACCAUGUUUGUUCGCUGUGGUCUGAACGAGCUGGCUCUUGAUGCUUAUAAUGAGAUGGUUCAAAAUGGAUUUGAACUGGGAGAAGAUAUAAUGCAUGCUGUGAUUGGUGCAAGCACAAAGGAAGGAGAAUGGAGAGUGGCCUUCAAUGUCUUUCAGAGUAUGCUGAAAAGUAAAUUGAAGCCAAAUUUAAUUGCAUGCAAUGCACUAAUCAAUUCACUUGGUAAAGCUGGGGAGGUCAAGUCAGCAUUUGAAAUCUACGAUAUUAUGAAGUCUUUGGGUCAUAUGCCUGAUUCUUAUACAUGGAAUGCAUUGCUUUGUGCUUUGUAUCGUGCAAAUCGACAUGCUGAUGCUCUCCAGCUCUUUGUGAGUAUCAAAAAGGAACAUACGUCUCAAUUAAAUGUGCAAUUGUACAACACUGCUUUAAUGUCAUGCCAGAAGCUCCGUUCAUGGGAUGAGGCUCUGAAGCUUUUGUGGCUGAUGGAAACUUCUGGACUGUCAGUUCCGACUGCAUCCUAUAAUCUAGUUAUUGGUGCUUGUGAAAUUGCCAGGAAACCGAAAGUUGCAUUAGAAGUUCAUGACCGCAUGGUUCACCAGAAGUGCACUCCAGACACAUUCACAUACUUAUCUAUAUUGAGAAGCUGCAUAUGGGGAUCUCUUUGGGCUGAAGUAGAAGAGAUUCUAGAUCAUGUUCCACCAGAUGUAUCUAUUUAUAAUACGGCUAUUCAGGGAAUGUGUUUGAGAGGCAAGGCUGAAUCGGCAAAGAGGCUGUACAUGAAAAUGCGCAAAUACAAUCUCGAACCUGAUAAUAAAACUCGCUCAUUGAUGCUACAGAAUCUACGAAAAGAUUUGCGUAGAAGGAAAAGGUGGUCUCGUCGUCUUAGAUAGUGUGCAGAAUAGUCUUCUUCAGGCUCAAGCAACAAACCAAGAUGCAAUACAAGGGCAAGGGAAUGACGAGCUUACCUAUGGCUGUAUUUAGAUGAGUGUGUCUGAUUAUGCAAUAUACAGAUCACUAUGCACCGAACCUUCUUCGAGAUUAUAGACCUGGUAUGUCCAAUAGGAUGUUAAACUAUAAAUUGACUAAAACGUUCCUACCGGCCUAUCUAUAUAUACUAUACUACACUAUACUAUACAUUAAAGAAGAACACAAGCUUGGUGGCAA